AUGACACGCCGGCUUCGCCUGAGCUUGACACUCGGCUUGGCCAUCUUCUUGCUCUGGUCCUAUCUUGUCUGUACGGGCCUGCAUGAGGGUAGCAUGCGUGCAAAUGAAACCGAAACCGAUAAUCAACCGAGAUCGAAUCCAGGAGAUGUGAACGAGCACAUAGAUUUCUGGCGAGAGUUCCAGUCUCUGCUGGUGGCUUACAAACCGACAUGCAGUCCACCAACACAACUGAAAAAUGCCGACACGCCGGGAUUCAAGACCACAAACCCAGACCCUCGACCGGAUGUGCUGAAAAUGAAUAUGCGGGACGUGUGGCGGAUGAAACGAGCACACCAGCACUUCGUCAGCGCGAUCAAAGAUGACCCACCCCUUCUAUCGUACAUUCCCGGGACCCAGGGUCUAGUCACGACUGCGGGGGGGCAUCUAUUUACCAUAUUUCUGGCAACGGGAUAUGAAUACGAGGAAUACAUCUGCGAUCAUGUCUUGCCGUCACUGAACGCAAAAUGCAUUAUCAUGUCGGACAUCCUCAACGCAGUGGCGGGCGCGGACCAAAUCAAAAAGUACCAGCUAAAGCCAUUUGCCAUGCUGUUCUCCUCAUUCGAAGAAAUCUUGUUUUUAGACGCGGAUGCCUUUCCCAUCUCCAAACCGGAGAAUCUGUUCGAGGAGGAGCCAUUCCGAAGUACAAACAUGAUUACAUGGCCCGAUUUCUGGGCAUCCUCUGCCUCUCACUAUUACUAUGAAAUUGCUUCACAAGCGGUGCCUCCUAUGGAAGCUCGGCAAUCAACUGAAUCUGGCGAAGUGCUCAUUUCGAAGAAGACUCACCUCAGAACCUUGCUUCUAUGCACCUACUACAAUUUCUGGGGGCCAACCCACUACUAUCGUCUAUUUUCACAAGGGGCCCAGGGUGAGGGAGACAAAGAAACCUUCAUUGCGGCUGCAGCUGCCCUGGGUGAACCAUUUUACCAGGUCAGCGAGCCUGUCUGUCCGAUGGGGCACAGGUCAGCCUACCGGAACGGAUUUGCUGGAUCAGCAAUGCUCCAGUCCGACCCCAUUGAGGAUUAUCGUCUAACCCAAAAAGGGGAAUGGCGUAUCAUGGGGUCGAAGGCAGCUGCGCCGCGUCCUUUCUUCAUUCAUGCCAAUUAUCCGAAGUUCAACCCAGCUACAAUCUUUGAGAAAGGCGACGUGACACCCACGUUUAAUGAUGACGGGACGCUGACCCGAGCCUGGACCUUGCCUGAAGAUAAGAUUGAGGCAUUUGGAAGCGAUGUGGAGAAAAACUUCUGGGAGGACAUCAUGUGGACAGCUUGCGAGCUCGAAGACAAAUUUCGGAGCUGGAAGGAUAGAACUGGAAUCUGCAGCAAAGUCCAAAAGUACUGGGAGGCCCUGUUUGACCCGAGAACGGCAAAGGUGCCCAAGAAGGAAGUCCCAGACGAAGAGGCAGCAGAGCAGAUCUCGUUCGUCGAGCUUCCGAAGCGCGGUACAGACAGUGCCUACGCCAACGGCUGCAUUGCUAUACAGCAUGAACAAACCCUUGCUGGUGAAAGGGCAGUCACCUUUGAGAAAUUUGCUGCCAGGGAACAACCGGUGUCGCAGGAUUUUCACGCUGCGAUCUGA